UCGUCUCAGGUGACCCUCUCACAUGGAAGCAUGUGACGCGGAGAAGAUGCUGGAGAAAGGAGACCCUGCUCGAGGGGCGGAAUGCCGACGGGUCGCCCGGGCCCUGUGCGCGACCUGCGCCGUCGCCGUGGCGCUCGCCUUCGCGAUCUUCGCGACCCUCGACGCCCGCCUCAUCCGAGGCGAACUGUCGACGCUGAGACAGCACGUGCAGCAGCUCGAGGAAGCGUGCCAGUGCGGGGAGACGGGCUGGUCUCUGACGCGGCGGAGGCGCGAGGCGAACGCGGACAAGGACAAGGACAAGGACACGACGGAGGACGGCGUCAGGAUCCAUUCGCAGAGCUACACCAGCUGGCCGGUGCACGGCCAGCGUCACAGCGAGGGGCUCCGGCUCUACGAGAACCUGCUCUCGCCGAACAAGGAUCCUCGCAGCGGAGAAGACUGGGAAUCGGAGUCGGACUCGGAAGGCCUGCUGCCGCACCACCGGGUCAGCUCCACCUGGACGCCGAACGAGAAGGGCGACGACGACCCCCGAGGUCCGACCAUCGGCCCCGCCUUCACGUAUCUCCGCUCCAGAUCGCUGAACGACUCCCCGGUUGUGACGGACUCCUCCCGCGUGCUGUCCCGCCGCUCCCGCGUGAAGAGCACCUCCGCCCGGCAGGAGGGCGACACCGUCGUCCCGGCUCGAAACACCUCCCCACGCAGCAGCGUCCCUCCCGGCCUCCAGAUCCGGACCCUCGGGGGCAAGGAGGACACGGACAUGGUGAUCCUUCCCCAGUCGUCUCAGUCGAGCGAGGACCUCUCGAGGCCCAAGAAGGGAAAGCUCCGCCGUCGAAGGAAGAAGCAUAAGAUGCUCUACGAGGAUCUCUUCAGUGCGAUCCACUUUCAAGGAGACGCGUCGAACUUCACGGUCGGGGACCCGGACUACGCCGGGAACGGGCGACUCCGGAACAUCCACGAGGUGCAUCGGCACUGGAGCCCUGCCGCCUGGAUCCAGGACGGGGAGAACCUCCAGGAAUUCCCCAUCCAGGAGGGGAUCGUCACCAUUCAAGUCCCCGGACUCUAUCUCGUCUACGCUCAGAUCCACUAUUCGGACUCCCACGACGCGAACGGAUACCGAAUCUACGCGAACGACGACGUGGUGGCGCAGUGCGUGACCAUGGCGCACGGCCGCCACCAAGGCGUGAGGAGCAACACGUGCCACACCAGCGCCCUCUCUCGACUGGACGUCGGGGACCGGGUGUUCGUGUCCGACAUCGAGCCCUUCCGCUACGCCAUCAUGUCGCCCGGCCAGUCCUUCUUCGGGCUGCUCCGGCUCACCCCGGAGUAGGCGGGCCGGGGGCUCCGGGUCCGGUCUCGAUGAAUGCGUGCGAAGUAUGCAGGAACGUUCCGUCGGCGUCCGGACGGGUCGGGCGUGAAAAUCAUCUCCGGUACGCAUCUCGUAUACGCGCAGAAUGCAUAUCUGUGAAAUGCGUGCCGGGUUUGAAUUAUAGGAAAUGCGUCUAUGAGGGGACCUGAGGCUUUAGUUAGGAAUCGCAUCGCUUUACGGAAGUGAAUGAAAUUAACACCUUUCGGCCUUUCAGCUUACUACUCGAUAUGGGCAGUGAAUUUUGCAAAAUGCGAAUCGCAUUUUCACGUAAUCGUAGGUAUCUGAUGUAACGUUCAGCUUCCAGUGCAUUUUGCUCAGCAAAUUAGAGAGAUAUCGCGUGACAAUAUUGUUUUAUGAAAAUAACGCGUUAUGUUGAUGGUGGCACAAGAAUGUAUAUUGCUUUUCCCCUUGCAACCAUUUAAACCUCAUCGCGAACCUCAUCUAACGGUUUAUCCCCCCCCCCCCAAUUGGGCAUUUUACGAAUCAAAACGCAUCUCACUUCGCACCUUACUCACAACGAUAGUACAAAUGUUAUAAGCGCGAAUACGAAAAUAUCAUUCGUACCUGCGUAUAUGUACUGUAUACCGCUUUCGUCAUGCUUUUCUCGUUUUGUAUUCCGAUUGCGACUCCUGCUUGAAUAAUAAAAAUAUUGCAAAUACUGAUUUUCCCGAAAAUUUUCUGAAAUAAAAAAAACGCUUUUUCUGUCACGAUCGAUUCCACCAC